AUGCAACAGUUUGCAGUCUCGUUCGAAUGUGAAGUUUCGACGAGCAAGGACGUGUCUGGAAUGUGGGCCGUCGACAGUGGUGCAACGCACCACAUUUGCCACGACAAGACCAAGUUCGCAAGUUUGGCAGAGCGCAAUGAGGGUGAACUCUUGGUGGCUGAUGGCAACAAGGUGGUCAUCAAGGGUGUGGGAACCAUAAUGGAAAAGGUGGUUCUGCCCAACGGUGAAGAGCGUGAGAUCGAAAUCAAGAACGCGCUAUAUGUUCCAAGUAUGAGCAAGAACCUGCUCUCGGUACCACAGAUUAACAGCCAUGGCAAGUUUCAAGUCGUGUUUGACGGGUCCAAGAUGUAUGUGACUCUCAAGAACUCACAGCAAGUGGUGGCGACAGUGGAUCUCGUGGAUGGACUCUACUGGCUUCGGACGACUCAACGAUCAGCGAAUGUGACAACAAGUUGUUGA